GUGUUCCCCUUUAAGACGCGCCGCUGAUGACGUCACCCUGAUUCAACAAGCUGCACAACAAGGAAGUGCUCAGUUCAGCCCGUUUGGACGGAACGACUUUAGGAUCAAAUGUUUUCCUUGUAGCACAGGAUGCCUGUUGAAAGCCCGGAGGAGAGGACGGUGGAGGUGUCGGCACUGCCCGCCGCAGUGGACGAGGAGCUGCUCUUUCUCUACUUUGAGAAUAAGCGGCGCUCUGGGGGAGGUCCACUCGUCUCUGUGGAGAAGAAGGGCGACCACGCCAUACUGGUGUUUGAGGAGGCAGAAGCUGCAGCUCGAGUGCUGUCCAAAGGGCACCACGUUCUGCUCAAUGUGGAGCUGAGUGUGAGAAAGCCUGCCUCAAAGGACCCAUGUAGACUGCUGCUGCGGGGGAUCAAGCCCAGCACCAGCACAGAGAUGAUAGAGCUCUAUGUGGAGAACAUGAUGGGGCUGAAUGCGCCUGACUACACUCUGUAUCCUUCACCGGGGAGAGAUUUCAUCCUGAUUCACCUCAGCCAACCCUUCUCGAAAGACUUCCAAAACCUGAGUGCAAAAAUCUCCAAGAGGAAGCUGGAUGGGGUCUCAGUGACUCUAGAACAGACUGAGCAGACUGACUCCGUGCUGGUGGAGAACCUGCACCCUGGCACCACUUCAGACAUGCUCACUUUGUACUUUGAGACCAAGCGCGGCGGGAAUCAGAAAGUGAAGGAGGUCGCGAUGCUCUCAGAGGGGACCGCCAAGGUGUCCUUUGUCAAUUAUGAAUCUGUGAGCGCCGUCCUGGAUCACCCGCACAAACUGGACGGUGCUGAUCUUGCUGUGAUGCCGUACUUUGACUUUCUGCAGCCUAAGGAAACAUUAACACCACAAGACUCUGGAGUUAGGAGCCAAGAUAUGACUGAGAGCACCUCGGAGGAUAUUCCAAUGCAGACCAGUCCUCCUGUAGUAGCCGCUGCAAACAGUGAACCCUCUCCGCAGACGACCUCGAAGCCUCUUGUUGAACAUAAAACAGCAGUAGAAGAAGUAGCAGAGGCAGUCAUGGAGGUUCAAACAGAGGAAGAAGAAACACUGUCCAGCCAUAUUGCUAUCACUGACCCACUAAAACUUUCUUUGUUUAAACUCAGCACCUUUCAGCAGGACAUUGAAAAGGCUCACCCAGAGUUCACCGUCCAGAUCAUAGAUAGUGGUGUGCACAUUGCAGGGACUGACAGACAAAAGGUUGAGCUGAUAGAACGCGCCAUCUCGGACUGUUUUGGCAAAAUGGCUAGGAUUCAAUUCGCCCUGGAGCCAGAGAAGGCUCAGCUCCUCCAAAGAAAAGAUGUAAAAGAGCGACUGCAGCAAAUCAUGAAACAAACUGGGUCACCGACUUUGUACACUGUAUCAGACUCUAACGUUGCGGUGACCUCCCUAUCUCAGAACUCUGCUAACCAGGCAUGCAGCUUUUUAAAAUCCCAGCUGUGUCACUUCAGCAUGCCGGUGGACGCGGAAUAUGAGAGCAUGUUAUAUUGCAGAGAGUGGUCAGAGUUCCUGCAGGCUCUGGGUUUCUCCUCCGUGAAGGUGUCGGAACGAGGAGGGAAUAUUGAUGUGUUCACUCUGAAAGGGAUGGAGAGCGAGAAGCAGGCUGCAAUCCUGGAGUUUCUCACCACACCCAUUGAAAGGGAGACAGUCAUCUCUAUGGAGCCAGGCGUGCUGAAAUACAUCCAGACCCAUAGUCAUCAGCUGCUGGCUGACAUGUCUCAAGUGUCUAUCCUUCCACUGGAAGCAGAGGACGUUUGUGGGUUGAAGAUCCAGGGCCCUGCGACUGCGUGUCAAAUGGCCGAGGAGGUGUUGAAAGACAUGGUGGCCUCCAUCUGUACCAGAACCAUCACAGUGAACGCUCCAGGAGUAACCCGCUUUUUAACUGAGAAGGAGUGCCAGAGCAUCCUGAAGGAGAUGGAGACGAAGUUUCAGGUUUACAUCAUCCCAAAGCACGUGCCCUGGGAGCCUCUGCCACACCAGAACAUUUUUGAAACUGCGUGGAACAUGAUGUCCCGCAGAAACUUCCAGAAGGCGUCUGUGGAUGGUUCUCCGCCGGAGUUACAAGUUGACUCAAUGCAAACUGAUCAUAAUGGAGCUCCAGACAAAGGCCUUUUAGAGGAGGCAAAGAGAAUCGUCUCAACCGUCGAUGGAAGACUUACGAAGAGCGUGUCCAAUUCAGACCAGCCAGAUGAAAUGGAUGACAUGGACCUGUACACAGCAGAUGAACCGACCAGCCUGACAGACCAGGACUCCUCUGCUAAAGCUGUUGAUGCCUCCCAGCUCUCAGCCAAAGGGAACGCUGUGAGCAAGUUGCUCCAGGUGAAUGAUGGAGCACUGGAGCUUUCUAGCAACCUUGAAGAAGAAGCCCAACUGUCUCUAGCCAUCCAGUACUCUAUGGAGUCAAGUCAUUGGUCCCAAGAGGAUGAUGAGGAACAGCUGCAAAAAGCCUUGGAGCUGUCCAAGAAAAUGAUCCAAGAAGAAGCCUCCUCUAGUAGUACUGUGAAGAGCCCUCAGUUAAAGAAAAGCGUUGAUAUUUCCAUACAAGACGCCAUCAAGGCAGCCAACACCUUACAGAUACAUGUUUUUGCAGGUUAUACCUGUGACCUGAUUCGGGUGGACAUAGCCUUUGGGAAGAAGGUCUCCCAGAGACAGGUCGAGGAGAAAGUGGAGCACAGAAGUGUGAAGAACAUGUCCGAGUACCACUGGAAGUGUCUGGAGAUGAUCAAGAGGAAGCACGCAGUCGAGAUUCAAGUUCAGGGCACCAUAAUCACUGUUUCUGGCUUCAAGGAUUAUGUAUCCGGAGGACUGUUUGACACAAAGCUGCUGCUGGAGAAAAUCUCCAAUUCUGUGUCUGACCAGGAAAUCCUGAGGACUGUUCAGUGGGUGUAUCAUGACCCAGCCUCUUCGGCUAUGACUCCGUAUUCACCCGAGGCCACUGUCUUCAUCGAGAACGCUUUGAGGAUGAGGCUGCAAAAGAUUGAUAUCUUGCUGGACAAUCAGCCGCACACCAUCAACUUUGAGAAGAUGCAAGAGCACAACAUAGCUUCAGGGAAGUCUGUGAAAAUCUCCAGGAAGUUGCCUGAAUUAGGGGAUUUGGAUGCCGAUGUGCCAGAAGAGGAAUACUCUCUGCUGUCAAACCUGCCUGAUGCAACCAGAGUCGACGAAGAGUCUGAUGAAUUUCAGAACGUGGUGAAGAGUUUCUAUGAGACCAUUCAGGAAUACCACAGCAAAAUCCGAAUCAUACAGGUGGAGAAGCUCAUGAACCGACUGCUGUACAAUCAGUACAAGCUGAAGAAGGCGAGCAUACUGCAGCGUGCAACGUAUCCGGAAGUUGAGCGGACUCUGUAUCACGGCACCAGUGAGACUAGCGUGAAGGAGAUCUGCGUUCAUGGAUUCAACAGAAGCUUCUGUGGAAAGAACGCCACCGUCUACGGUCAAGGGGUGUACUUUGCUGUCAACUCUGCGCUGUCUGUCCAGGAUCAGUACUCGCCCCCAAAUGCAGACGGAUACAAGUUUAUUAUGGUGUCAAAGGUUCUGACAGGAGACUACACCAAAGGCUGCCAUUCGAUGAAGGCGGCCCCGCUGAAGGAGACAGGAGACAUUCCCCUCAGAUACGACAGCGUCACCGACGACAUCACUAAGCCGACGAUGUUUGUCAUCUUCAACGACACGCAGGCUUUCCCUGAAUAUCUCAUCACAUGCCAGAGAAUCCACCGCUGAGGAAAGACGUCAGAAAAAAAACAUGAAUAUGUAAAACAGAACUGCUUUUCUUUUAAUGUUUCUACCUUGAUUUAAAAAGUGCAUUUGAUUCAUAAAGGGCUACUGUGUUAUAGUGUACAGUUGUUUUAUCAAGUGCUUUCCUGUUGACUGUUUGAUCAGUUGCUCCUUGUUUUUUUCUUGAGUUCAGUCGAGUUUAAUCAGGAGGAACUCCAACAGCUGAACCCAGAAAGCCCUUAUUAAUUAAGUAACUUUAAACAUGCCCUUUCGAGCACAAUAAGGCUCUUUGCCUUGCUGUUACUGCAUGACAUCUCACAUAGAAGAGUCAGUUUGGCACCACACACUGUUCAUCUAUCCACACUACAGAGGUCAGUCUCUUUGUAUAAACAUUCAGGAGGUUGCAUCCUUGCAAGUAUCUGACGUAUGUUGAAUUCAUCGUUUAAAAUUAACCAUAAAUGAUCUGCUGCACGUAGUUAUUGAAUUGUAUUAAUGUGAAUAUAACCGUUUGUAAUUGUUUAGCCUGGUGACAGUGCUGUAUUUGCAGCUGUUAGUUUUUAAGUUAAUGCAGGUCAUUAGGUCAUGCACACAGGAAGUUUGAUAUGACCUGAAUAUAAUUGAUUUUAAUUGGUUUUGGGUUCAGUGGUUUGAGUUUCCCUGAAUUUACUCUGUAGUGUUCUGGUUCGUCUCGGCCAUAUGAGAUGAUGACUCUGAAAGUAGCACCUAAAUGUAGUUACAGUAACUGCCUGAUGUUUCCCAUGAUUACCAAUUUUGCAAAAAAAAUUAGGAAGAGGGUUAGAAAAUAGGAAAAAGAAACUGUCCUCAACAUAAUGCAACUAAUUAUGAGUUAUUUUUACAUUUUUUUUUAAGUUAUCCAUCCCCAGUUGUAAAUGUUAAGCCUUGCAUAUAUACAAUUCUCAAUGUAAUAAAACAAAAUCUAUGAGUUAA